AUGCCGCGUCACUGCUCCGCCGCCGGCUGCUGCACACGGGACACGCGCGAAACGCGCAACCGCGGCAUCUCUUUCCACAGACUUCCCAAGAAGGACAACCCGCGGCGAGGCGUGUGGCUAGCCAACUGCCAGCGGCUGGACCCCAGCGGCCAGGGCCUGUGGGACCCGGCCUCGGAGUACAUCUAUUUCUGCUCCAAGCACUUCGAGGAGAACUGCUUCGAGCUGGUGGGGAUCAGUGGGUAUCACAGGCUGAAGGAAGGAGCUGUCCCCACGAUAUUUGAGUCUUUCUCCAAGUUGCGGCGGUCAUCCAAGAGCAAAGGACGUGGUUACCCACCUCGCCCUCCCGAGGUCAGCGGGCUCCAGCGAUGCAGGAAGCGCUGCUCUGAGGGUCUGGGCCCAACAACUCCUUUUACUCCACCACCACCUGCCGACGUCCCCUGUUUUCCUGUGGAAGAGGCCUCGGCACCUGCGGCUUUGCCGACCCCUCCAGCUGGAAGGCUGGAGCCCGGCCUCAGCAGCCCCUUCUCAGACCUCCUGGGACCCCUGGGCGCCCAGGCGGAUGAAGCAGGCUGCAGCGCCCAGCCCUCCCCGGAGCGCGAGCCCGAACGGCAGCCCUCCCCUCUGGAGCCUCGGCCCGUGUCGCCCUCGGCCUACAUGCUGCGCCUGCCGCCCCCCGCAGGGGCCUACAUCCAGAACGAACACAGCUACCAGGUGGGCAGUGCCCUCCUCUGGAAGCGGCGGGCGGAGGCGGCCCUCGAUGCCCUGGACAAGGCCCAGCGCCAGCUGCAGGCCUGCAAGCGCCGGGAGCAGCGGCUGCGGCUGCGCCUCACCAAGCUGCAGCAGGAGCGCGCUCGAGAGAAGCGGGCACAGGCCGACGCCCGCCAGACUCUGAAGGAGCACGUGCGGGACUUCGCCAUGCAGUUGGGCAGCAGCUUGGCCUGA